GUUCCUUCCGGUCAUCAGCUUCAGGCUUGGCUUUGAAGAGGAGCUGGUGCUAGUGGUUUUGUUUGCUGUGCUGUGAGAGCUGCUGCAGGAAACUGAGCAGAGAGUGUGAACAAGCUGGAAAACCACAACAUGGUGAGCGAGGGACUGCUGUCCCCAGACUGGGAGGAGUGGUCAUUUUGGUCAUGAGAGCCAGUCUGAAUGCAGUGACCUAUGAUGAUUUGCAUGUUGACUUUACUUGGGAAGAGUGGACUUUGCUGGAUAAUUCCCAGAAGAAUCUCUACAAAGAUGUGAUGCUGGAGACCUAUAGGAAUCUCACGAUUAUAGGCAUAAAAGAACUCAUACUGGAGAGAAACCCUAUGAAUGUAAUCAGUGUGGUAAAGCCUUUGCACAACACAGUAAUCUCCAAAUGCAUAAAAGAACACAUACUGGAGAGAAACCCUAUGAAUGUAAUCAUUGUGGUAAAGCCUUUGCAUGUCACAGUAAACUUCAAAAGCAUAAAAGAACACAUACUGGAGAGAAACCAUAUGAAUGUAAUCAAUGUGGUAAAGCCUUUGUGUGUCUUGAUACUCUUCAAAGGCAUAAAAGAAUACAUACUGGAGAGAAAUUCUAUGAAUGUAAUCAUUGUGGUAAAGCCUUUGCAUAUCAUAGUCAUCUUCAACUGCAUAAAAGAACACAUACUGGAGAGAAACCCUGUGAAUGUAGUCAGUGUGGUAAAGUCUUUCCAUAUCUUAGUCAUCUACAAAGGCAUGAAAAAACACAUACUGGAGAGAAACCCUAUGCAUGUAAUCAAUGUUGUAAAGGCUUUGCACAACACAGUCAUCUUCAAAGACAUACAAGAACACAUACUGGAGAGAAACCCUAUAAUUGUAAUCAGUGUGGUAAAGCCUUUGCACGUCACAGUAUUCUUCAAAAGCAUAAAAGAACACAUACUGGAGAGAGACCCUAUGAAUGUAGUACCCUUUGGGUGUCACAGUCAUCUUCAAAUGCAUAAAAGAACACAUACUGGGGAGUAACCUUAUGAAUGUAAUCAGUUUGCUAAAGCAUUUGUAUGUAUCAGUAAUCUUCAAAAUCAUGAGAAAAAAACAUACUGUAGAGAAAAUCUGUAAAUAUUGUCAGUGUGAUAAAGUUUUGAAAUUUAUUUGGGAAUAAAACUUUUUGUGUGCAA